GCAUUCUUCUGUUUAAACUGUGAAUAUGUCAGUUUGUCGGGAGUAUAAAGUGUUUAGCAGAGAGUCUUGUGUCUCAGAACACAAUUCAGUCAAGAUGAAGAGCCUGUGCUUCUCACUCAUCAUUCUGGGCAGCUUUUUCCAUCUAGGUCAUUCCUACCUGUGCUACACCUGUAAUGCGGCUUCCAACGAUAUAUACUGUCUGCAAGUAAAAAACUGCACCGGUUCUACCCCCUACUGUGGGACAUCCAUUGUUAGUCUCAACUUUGUCACAUUCCUCAACAAAUACUGUGCCGCAGCCUGUGUGACUGGGAAUCAAAGCGUUGCAUUCAUUUCCAGUUCGGAGAGCUGCUGCGCCUCAGACUACUGCAACAACCAAAAGAUCGGCAACGUGAAUUACUUCGACUUUAACAGCGCAAGGGGGAGCAGCAGCAUGUGCCUCCUGGUUGCCAUCACUAGCCUCCUGGCUGCUUUUCUUGCACUGGUGGUUUAAACCGGUCAACCUAACUGCAUCUGAUUGGGCAACUUCUGAUGAUAUCACCAUUCACAAUUUUUGGCACUUUUGCUAAAUAAAUAUAGUUUAGUGUGAAGACAUAGAAUUUUCUUCAGAUUUUUUUGCUUCAUGUGUUUUCUGAACAUUUCCCCACAGGAAAAAUUGACUGGAAUUUAACUUUCACAUUAAGGACAUUGUUUAUAUAAAGCGUUAAAAAUAAAAGUAAGUUAUUCUCUUUAAAAGUUCACAGCUAUAUUUAGGAGGGAACAUUUUCUUUUAAUUUUCUGAAUCUUCUAGAUUUGAAUUUAAGAUUUUUUUGGAUUGAUGAAUCUUGAAAAUUCACGUUUGGAGAAUUCUAAAAUAUUCGAAUUCAUAAUUUUGGCAAAUUUUUUUUGAGUUUUCAAACUUGAAAUUAAGCAAUCGAAGACUCAAAAAUUGGAAUGAAAAAAGGAUUUCCAAAAAAGAUUUAUUGAAGAAUAAAGAUUUCCAUCUUUCAGAUAUUUUUUAAUUUAAAUAAUUUUAAUUAAUAGUCAUAUUUUCUUUCAAAUAUAUGUUCAUUUGUUGCACAUGAAGUCACAGAACAUCAUAUUACAUCAUUGUCAAAUACAGUUGUGUACAACUCACUUACAAAAUGUGACAUUUUAAGCAAAUAUAACAUUGAAAAACUUAUCAUAGGAAGGGGUUACAAAAAAAGGGGGGGUAAGUAGGUAAUGUUAGCUCUGUGGGUAGUGGUAGCAUACAAAUUUUAUGCAAUGAAUACAUUAACACAAAUCAUGGCUCAUACUAAUUCAAGUUACCGGUAAAUGUUGCUUAUACUUCACUUUUGAAUAAAAUCCAUGUCAACCAUU